AUUUUAAGUUGCUUUGUAAUUCUACCACCUAACUGAGUUACAAGAGCGUUACUGUCUUUUGUGGACGAAAAGUACGCAAAGAUGGGUCGUAUGCACGCACCAGGAAAGGGUAUAUCCCAGUCAGCGUUGCCCUAUAGACGGAGCGUUCCAACAUGGUUGAAACUGACACCAGAGGAUUGCAAAGAAUUAAUUUACAAACUAGCUAAAAAGGGGCAUACUCCGUCUCAAAUUGGUGUGAUUCUUAGAGAUUCUCAUGGAGUGGCACAGGUGCGUUUUCGCACUGGAAACAAGAUUCUCAGGAUCGUCAAAAGUAUGGGGCUUGCUCCAGACUUACCGGAGGAUCUGUACUAUUUAAUAAAAAAAGCAGUUGCUAUCAGAAAACAUUUGGAAAGGAACCGUAAGGACAAAGAUAGCAAGUUUAGAUUGAUUCUUGUGGAGUCUCGAAUCCAUCGGCUUGCUAGAUAUUAUAAAUCAAAGGGGACGCUUCCAGCAAACUGGAAGUACGAGAGCUCAACUGCUAGCGCUCUUGUUGCUUAAUUAUUUCUACGUAUCUCUUAACAAAAUAAAAAUUUAAAUAUA